AUGUCAUUGAGACAAUCCAUCUGCUCAGGAGAUAUUAUAAUGCACAAGUUCGCAUUGCACUCUCUAUGCCUGUCACUCUCAUACUCCGAUGGGACACGACCAGUGAGAGUUAAGACGCAAGACCGACCGCUUUACGUGCUCUCCAAGGGACGGUGGUGUAACACCACCAAUAUUCUAACUCCGGGCUGUUACUUAGGCUUACUAAACAUAAAGACUAAUCUUGGCCCGACCCGUGACUCGAACCUAGGACCUCCGGAUGAGGCGUACUUGCUAGCUACUGCACCACCGAGGCAGUUAGGCCGUAAUAUACGUACAUAUACACAUAUUGAGUAUCAACAAAGAUAUUAUUCAGCAUGUUUAACCUGCGCAGUGACUGUUUUAUGCGGUGUUUACAAUCCAUUUAGUGGACAGAUAGGAGAAAAUCAAAUACGA